AACCAGAAUUGGUAAAAGCUCUCGGAACUAUUUUUCAAAAAGCAUCCAAAAGUGAAAUUUACAAAUAUGUGAAACAACUUUCUGAUGUUGAAGAGGGUGACCCCGUUUUAAUCAUAAUCCCAAAUCCUCAAUGGGUCAAUCAACAUGGACAGAAUGCAUAUAAUACGGUUAUGGAUGCUUUUGCAACAGUUAACAUCCAUCGUGCAAAUCAACGUAGGGAUAAAAAUUCAUCUUGUAUUUUCCAUUUCCGAGACAUGGAAGAACUUUACAAUGUACGUCGAACUAUCAGAACUUCACAUCCCCAUGCAUUUUUCAUUCAACCUCCCUACAAUGCUCAUUUCCCUGAUGGUCAACUUACACCAAUUGGAGCGGCAUGGUAUCUUUUCAAAACAGGGGAAGCUAAAACUGAUUUUGCAGAGGACGAGCAAUUUUUU